GAGCCGCUCGCUCUGGUGGUUGCUAUAGAGUCAGUUGAAUGAGAGAGUCAAACCAAAUGAAAACUGCAGAGAAGCACCAGAUAAACGACAUAUUUUCAACGUUACCAUCACGAUGCAGGACUUGAGACAGACAACACAUCCUGGAACUACUGGAGACUACAGCUGAAUGCUUCUUACUUGGGACGACUUUGAGCUUUGUGAACACCGGAGUUUCCAGGGAGACGCUGCAGAAGCCCCCGUUAAGAUUAGCCUAGCAGCCUCAAGCAAAUUUACCCUUUAGUUACCACAGUGAAAAAUGUCUGUUGCCGCCACUGUUUUUGUGAAUAAGAAUCUUCAAAAAGUGAAACCACUCCCCAGAUCAAUUUGUUGAAGAGAAAAUAAUAACAGGUGCUAAAUAUCCAUCUGUUAGGCAUUGAGCACUUCCAGACAGAUUUCAACCAUGGCUUUGAGCACUUCCAGACAGAUAUCAACCAUGUCUUGGAAGGCAACUGGAGUUCUUAUUGUUUUCUUACUUGCACUUGUUUCUGAAUCCACCUUGUCUCUUCCUACUUAUAUGACAGGGAUUUUAAAUGACCCUAUCACACUCCCCUUCUCUGGACUAUGCCAUGAUGGUGUCAUCGAGUGGAGGCGUAAUCAGGAUGGUCCAUCAGGGGGCAUCAUCAAGAAGACGGUUGCUGAACUUGACCGAGGGGUUUUAACCUCAGGAGAAGGCUAUGAGAACAGGGUUAAACUCCAGAAUGGAAACCUCUCUCUCACCAUCUCCUCAGCUGAGUACAAUGACAAGGGGUGGUAUGAGUGUGUCUGCAACAACACGGUUUUACACGAUGUAAAACUAGAAGUUUUGGUCCCCACUAAAAUAUCUGCCCAUGUUGGAGAAAAUGUCACUCUUCACUGCCAUGGCAUAACUGACAGUGAAAUAAACUUCCAUUGGCAAAAAGAUGUUCAAACAUCUGUGCUGAAGGUCGAAGCAGGGCAUACUACCUUUGACCCUGGGUUUGAGGACAGAGCAUCUGUGUCCAAAGAUGGCCACAGUAAAGGUGAUCUUUCCCUCACCCUCACUAACAUAAGCCUUUCUGAUCAGGGGACCUACCAGUGCUUCGUCGGCCCUGACAAACAGACGAGGGGAAACCCUGAAGCUGUCACUCUCACCAUCACUGUUCAAGAAAAGCCCUCUGAGGACACAGGGACAUGGUCCCCAUGCAUAACGGGGGUGGUCAUGGUGGUGCUCAUUGUAAUAGGUCUGGUUUUCUGUGUAAGCCACUGGUCUGGAGUGAAUUCCCCAAGAUUUUUAUUAUCUUAUUACCGUCUUCUCCAUAGACGGAUAACAAACAUGUACAGUCGGUACAGACCAGGAGAGAUCAGAACUCAAGGGGAUGUAGUAAGAGAGGGUGAGGGUCCUAUUGAUGGAAUGGAGAAUGAAGUCCAGGCCAGAGUAAGGCAGAGGUCCUGGAACACAGAAAUGAUUCACACCACUUGACCUUUUCCACAUUGUGUUGUGUUACAAGGUGGGAUUAAAAUGGAUUUGUCAUUUUUUGUCAACAA